AUGAGCUUGGAGGGCGGUCAGGGGAACAGUCCCUGUCGCGGGGCUGAUAGCGGGGACGCCGAGCCGCCCCCGCCCCUGCCCGGUAAGGCGGCUGCGGCCCCACGCUACCAGCAGCGGCUGCCCUCGCCACCCGCGCUCCCCGAGCGCGCUGCCGCUGGGCCGGACGAAGCGCCAGGGGAGGUGGCCCCGCGGCGCAGGGGCUCGGAUGAGCUGCCGCCACCGCCGUCGCCUCUGACACCCGGCGGCAGGGAGGUGUCGGCUGCCGGGGACUCCAGGGAAGGUCCGAAGCUCUUCCCGGAGGCGGCGGUCCCUGAGGCAGCGGCGGGGAAGGGCGGCCCCGAGGAACCCCAGGCAGGCGCGGGUGGGGAGGGCGAGCGGCCCGGCUCAGGGGAGCAGCCCGAGACGCGCUCGGUGUGCAGCAGCCGCAGCAGCAGCAGCGGUGGCGACCAGCGCGCCGGGCACCAGCACCAGCACCACCAGCCCAUCUGCAAGAUCUGCUUCCAGGGCGCGGAACAGGGGGAGCUGUUAAAUCCUUGCCGAUGUGAUGGGUCAGUCCGCUACACACAUCAGCUGUGUUUGCUGAAGUGGAUCAGUGAGAGGGGGUCGUGGACCUGUGAACUCUGCUGUUACAGAUACCAUGUCAUAGCCAUUAAAAUGAAACAGCCUUGCCAGUGGCAAAGCAUUUCUAUAACACUGGUUGAGAAAGUUCAAAUGAUUGCUGUCAUCCUAGGAUCCCUGUUCUUAAUAGCGAGUGUGACUUGGCUUCUCUGGUCAGCCUUCAGCCCCUAUGCGGUGUGGCAGAGGAAGGACCUCCUUUUUCAGAUCUGCUAUGGAAUGUAUGGUUUUAUGGAUCUAGUAUGCAUAGGACUCAUUGUCCACGAAGGAGCCGCAGUUUACAGAGUAUUUAAGCGCUGGCGAGCUGUGAACUUGCACUGGGAUGUAUUAAAUUAUGACAAAGCCACAGACAUCGAAGAAAGUAGCCGGGGAGAGUCUUCCACAAGUAGGACUUUGUGGUUGCCACUGACAGCUCUGCGAAACAGAAACUUGGUCCACCCAACACAGUUAACCUCGCCAAGGUUCCAGUGUGGCUACAUGUUGUUGCAUCUGUUCAGUCGGAUGCGGCCUCAUGAAGAUUUGUCAGAAGAUAACAGCUCGGGGGAGGUUGUGAUGAGAGUGACUUCCGUGUGACAAAGAUACGUGAUGAUGCAGUGCGGGACGCCCAGCACACUCGGGAAUGUAAUUGCAGUGAACGGUGAAACCAUAGCACUUCUAAAAACACACAUCUACGAACUUUUUAAAAUUUAUGCUUUUUGUAUGAACAUUUGAAUUGCAAAUACAUUUUCUGAAAAAAGGGAGUUCUCUUGUUCUUUGUUUUUCGAUUUGCCACAUCUUUUAUAUGUUAGUACUUGAGAUCAUUAUACAUAUAAUUUAACCUACUUAAUUUAAGAGAACGAUGAAAGUUAUCAUUGAGGCUACAACUAUUUUUCUUGUUUCUUUUAAAUAUAUAUUUUUUAUCAAACCUUU